AUGAGUGUUGAGAACCCACCCAGACUCCUGGACUUAGCAGCAAUGAGCCUGUUGAGAGACGAGGCGUCGACCAUCUUCUCUUUGGAGUAUCUGCCCACGGAGCUCUUCCCACCACUGUUCAUAGCUGCCUUCUAUGGGAGAUGCAGGGAGACCUUGAAGACCAUGGUGCAAACCUGGCCCUUUGCCCGCCUGCCUCUAGGGGGCCUGAUGCAGAAGCCUCACAAGGGAACCUUACAAGCAGUGCUGGAUGGGCUUGAUGUCCUGCUAGCCCAGAAGGUUCGCCCCAGGAGGUGCAAACUGAGGGCUCUGGAUUUAAGGAAUACUGGCCAGAACUUCUGGAGCAUGUGGUCUGGAGCCAGAGUCCAUGUGUACUCAAGCUCAUCGAUGGCACCAGUGGUUGAGGACAUUUCAAGGACAAAGCAGCCCUUGGCUCCCUUGGAGGUAUUCAUAGAAAUUUGUCUCAAGAAAAAGACCCUGGAUGAAUUCCUUGCCUACCUCAUCAGGUGGGUGGAGCAGAGAAAAGGCUCCAUACACCUGUGCUGUAAGAAGCUGAAGAUUGUUUCAAUGCCCAAGGAAAAUAUUAAGAAAGUUCUGAGUAUAGUACAGCUGGACUGUGUACAGGAGGUGGAAGUGAAUUGCACCUGGAAGCUGUCCACCCUGGCCAUGUAUGCUCCUCACCUGGGCAAGAUGAGGAAUGUUCAGAGACUCCUUCUCUCCCCCAUUCAUGUGUCUGCCUUCAAGGAGCAAGACCAUCAAUAUCUUCUACAGUUUGCCUCUCAGAUCCUCAGGCUGCAGUACCUCCGGGAUCUCCAUAUGGAAUCCCCAUCCUUCCUCGAAGGUCGCCUGAACCAGAUGUUCAGGUGCCUGAAGACCCCCUUGGACAACCUCUCAAUAACCAACUGCCUGCUUACAGAAUCAGACUUGACGCAUCUCUUCCAGUGUCCAAACAUUAGUCAUCUAAAGGGCCUGAAUCUUAGUGGUGUUACCCUGACCAACUUUAGUCCUGAGCUCCUCCAAGUUCUGCUGGAGAAAGUUGCAGCCACUCUUCAGGAACUGGACUUAAACCUGUGCGGGAUCAUGGACUCCCAACUCGAGGCCAUCCUGCCUGCCCUGAGCCACUGUUCCCAACUCAGGGUCUUCAGCAUGUGUGGGAACCUCCUCUCCAUGGCUGUCAUGGAGAGGCUCCUGCGUCAUACUGAUGGGCUGCCUGGUUUAAAUCUAGAGCUUUAUCCUGCCCCAAGGGAGAGUUACAGCUCUCAGGGUCCUGACAACCACUGA